UAACGUGGUCAGGACUGAAAACUACUAUUCCCAGAAUCCUCUGGCAUCACGUGACAUAAAAGAUGCGUGACGGAGACCAGUUUGUUUCCACGGAGAUGAAGAAGCUUGUGUGUUAUCGGUGCUGACAGGCUAAUUUACGGAUUUUCUCCUCCAUUUCAGCUGUGAUUCUCUCGUAAAUUAUACAAAAACCAAACGUUGUUUUCUUUCUAAGGGGUCUGAUUGAUGUUUAACCAAUUCAUUCAACGAGGGAUCUCCAUUCAGAAUGGUAUCACUGGCAACUCUGGGCUGAGAGUGAAUCUGUCAAAUUCUUGUUGCUCGGACACCUGUCGCAAUGGCACAAUGACAGAGCAAUUAAAUAACAACGAAACUCUCUUUUCUUUCGAACUAUUGGUGGAAUAUAUCAGAAUAGACAAAACCAGAAAAUGUCUAAAUUAUUCAGAUGAAUUAGCCCUCGGUGUGAGACUACUGGACUUCCCAACUCUGCUCAUCUAUCAACCAGAAACGUCUACUCCACUGCGAGAUCAACGGCACCAUGAGGACGAGGACAUCGAGAAGGAAAACCAGCUCUAUCAAGCCCACGACACGUUUAAAUACCCUUUCAACAAAGGCAAGUCGUGUUUGUUCAAAACCCACCUGGACUCCCUCCACACCCACCUAUCUAACACUCCUCUGCAUGCCGUGGUCCUGGAUAUGAGGGGAGAGGUUCCCACGUUGAUAGGCAGCUCGCUGGUGUCUCUGGUCAGGUUGAUAGACUGUAUCAGGUGCGAUGUGGAGGUGCAUGGUAUCUCCUCUCCCUCUUCCCAAGGAGAGAAAGGACUUGUUGAUUUAUUUAAUCUCAUGGGAGAGAAAAUAGGUGUUCUUUCUUUGGGGUAUAAUCUGUUCAGUCUGGGAAGUAGUUCAUUACCACAUAUACCUGAUAACAGGGUAUUGCCAGUUGGUAUUACACACGGGACGGAAUCUAUGAAACCAAUAGAACAUUUACAGGUCGAUCGUGGGAAAGGAACGAUGCAACAUGACAACAGGCCUUCCAAGGUCCUUUAUCAGAAUAUUCAUAUAAAUGACAAGCCCAGUGAGAUAGUGGUGUCGGAAGCACGGCAGACUGUUCCAGUUUCAACUGGCACUCAAACAGAACAUUCUAGAAGCAAGCAGCAUCACCGAACACUCAGAGUGGCUGCUAUCGAUGAGGAGCAUGAUGAGGGAAGCCUCUGUGUUCAGCCCCCACCUCUUUACUACAGCAGUUCUGUAGAACAACAACAGGAAAAUGAACCAGGCCACUACAGGGUGUUAGACAUGGAGUCUCUCAGGGUAGAGGAUCUGGACUUGGGGAAUGAGGAGACACCUGAUGAGACACAGGUUCCUGCUACAGACCACAGGUGUAGACAGAGACAGGAUGUGGUUAUGGAGUCUAGAGGCAGGGAAGAGAGGGGACAGCACCAACCCCAGCAGACGGCAUCUAUCUUAGGGGAGGCUCUGAGACCGUUCCCUCUAUUGAACACCUUGCUAGUUGAGCUCGCCCAGCUGAGUGGACAGAGUCAGACCCAGCUACAGCAGAUCUUUUCAGUCCACCCCAACCUAGCAUGGAUCUACAGGCCACUGACAGAGCCUUCUAAUGGACAGGCGGACUGGCCUCAGUCCCAGGGCCCACGAGACACCACAACAUCACCACAGAGAGGCAGGCAGUCUCCUUGCCCAGUGGUUCCUGAACUAUGGGUCGGACCUAGCCCCAGAGUGAAGAACAGGCCUCUUCAGGAACAAUGCAGCACUACCACACACACUUCUAUCAGAAAAACAAACGGGGAGAAUACAAUGAGUGGCAAUACAGUGUCCAAGUCCUCUCCCAAGAAGAAGUUAGGUUUUGGAAUGACAAAAACGUUCCGCCUAAGAAUGAAGCCGGUUCAACCUUGUGGGAUGAAAUGCCACCUCCAUGAGUGCAGAAAGCAACAGACAGACAAACAGACACUCAAGACCAAGGGUCAUAGCAGGAAGUCCAAUAACACUAACAGACAAACGGAUAAACCUAUAGAUGGGAGGAAGCUACUCAAUAGGAAUGAUAUUCUAAAUGAGGACAUUGCGACUUCGAUAAGUAGCCUAGACAGAGACCGUGGACGGCAGGGAAACAUCUCAACAGGAACCCAGCAGGAACUAACAAACACAUUCACAACUAGUGUCAAUGCAGAGGAUUUUUACUGUAAGAGAGAUGACUCCUCCCAAAGAUUACCAAAACAGAAACCAUCGUCCCAUUCCAAGCAGGACAGUCACAGUAAACUGUGGGUGCAUAUUCCCAGUGUUGAUCACACAGAGGAGGUGUUACGGAGUGGAGAGUACGACCAUGCUGACUCUGACAGCGGAGGAGACGGGGAUGAGACUCCAAGAGGCUCCAAACCCAGACCACACCUUUUAGACUCUGGCCACAAGCCCCACAUGUCAGACACCAGAAGAAGCCCCAGACUCAAACACCCCCACUCAGCCUCCAGCAGUGAUAGGUUGGACAGUGUGGGGGCAGUAGAAUACCUGGAUGACUUCAGCAGUCUAGACCCUACUGAUGGUGACGGGUUCUCACCUUCAACUGACCUUCUCAGUAGCCCUGAACCUGUUUCAGGUAGGACUAGGGGGAGGAGCCCCGAGCCUGUUGGAGGUGGGAAGAGUAGGGGGAGUAGCCCUGAGCCUGUUUCAGGUAGGACUAGGUGGAGGAGCCCUGAGCCUGUUGGAGGUCGGAAGAGUAGGGGGAGUAGCCCUGAGCCUGUUGGGGGUGGGAAGAUUAGGGGGAGGAGCCCUGAACCUGUUGGGGGUGGGAAGACUAGGGGGAGGAGCCCUGAACCUGUUUCAGGUAGGACUAGGGGGAGGAGCCCUGAGCCUGUUGGGGGUGGGAGGAUUAGGGGGAGGAGCCCUGAGCCUGUUGGGGGUGAGAAGACUAGGGGGAGGAGCCCUGAGCCUGUUGGGGGUGAGAAGACUAGGGGGAGGAGCCCUGAGCCUGUUGGGGGUGGGAAGACUAGGGGAGGAGCCCUGAGCCUGUUGGGGGUGGGACCAGGGACAAGAGGAGGAGCCGAGUGUCAGGUGACCAUAACUCUGACGGCUCCAGUGUCUCAGAGAGAAGCCAGAGAAGAAGAGUGGCUCCGCCUCUUCCUGUUCCUGUUAAAGCUGAGACGUCUCCCCAGCGCUCCCUGA